AGAAGACACGACCAAAGGACCUUGAGACUGUGCAGGAUGAACGGAGGACUCCAGCAGCGUGUGGUGUCUAAAGAUGGCCACAACAACGUUCAAAUUGACAACGUCGAGGGCAUGGUGAAACUCUACCUGCAUGACAUCUGGACCACAGUGGUGGAUAUGAAGUGGCGCUACAAGCUCAUGUUCUUUGUGUCCACGUACUUCAUGACCUGGUUUAUAUUUGGUGUAAUUUUCUUCCUCAUUGCAAUGGGAAAUAAUGACCUUAACAUUGAUCAGCCAUCAAACCACACACCGUGUGUGAUGAAUGUAGCCAGUUUAACUGGCGCGUACCUAUUCGCCCAAGAGUCACAGACUACCAUUGGCUAUGGCUACCGCCACAUCUCAGAGAAGUGCCCACACGCCAUUGUAAUACUGGUGUUCCAACUCGUGCUCACAAACCUGGCUGCGAUCUUUGUAACUGGCACCUUCCUGGCCAAGCUGACACGGCCCAAGAAGCGAGCGGAGACGGUCAAGUUUAGCCAGUUGGCAUUGGUUUCCCAGUACAAGGGCCAAUUGUGUGUGAUGGUGCGUGUGGCCAACAUGCGUAAGAGUCCUCUGCUUCAGUGUGAGCUCUCAGGCAAGCUGCUUUUUCCCUACGUCACUGAAGAGGGUGAGAAGAUCCAGCUCCACCAGGAGUCUGUAAACUUCCAGUUUGACUGCAAUGAGCAGUGCUCAUUCCUUGCUCUGCCUCUUAUCUUCUACCAUGUGCUGGAUGAAUGCAGUCCUCUGGCCAACCUCACUCCUGAAGGCUUGAUGGUGAGAAACUUUGAACUGGUGGUCAGCCUGAACGCCACUAUGGAGUCCACAGCUUCCACCUGCCAAAGCCGUACUUCCUACGUUCCACAAGAGUUCCGCUGGGGUUAUGAGUUUAAGCCUCUGCUCUUUGGCACACAUGGUGGCAAGUUCAUUACAGACUUUAACUAUUUCGAUGAGAUUCAGAUCAGCAAUGAUUCCUUGCUUCUACAGGAUCCAAGGAAUAAGAAGCUCCUGCUGGAGAAAGAGUACCAUAAAGACUAAACAGAAGGAGAGAGCAAGGACAUAGGGCUGAGUUUCCCAAAGGCAUCGCAGCACAAAGAUCAUUGUUAAAUGAUAGACUAAGCAUCACAAUGAAUACUCUCGAACCCAGGUAAGAUGAUCUUAACUGCGAUACUUUUGGGAAACUCAUGUUUUCAUGUACCAAAACAGAGCAGGAAAUUCGAACAGAACAAACCUGAAAUAAUUGAUUGCCCUGUUCAAAAUGUUCCACUUCUCAGAAAAACAACUUGAAUAUUAAUAUAGACAGAGUUUGCAUGUUCUCCUCAUGCCUUCGUGGGUUUCCUCCAGGUGCUCCGGUUUCCUCUUACAUGCGGAUUUGGUCAACUGGCUACACUAAAUUGCCCAUAGGUGUGAAUAUGAGUGUGAUUGGUUGUUGGUCUCUGUGAUAGACUGGCAAUCUGCCCAGUUGUACCCCAUCUCUCGCCUGAAGUCAGCUGGGAUUGGCUCCAGCUUCCCCUGACAGAUAAGUGGUAUACGGUAGAUAACAAAUGGAUGGAUUAAUAUAUAGACAUCUAUCAGAUCUGUUACAUUGUUUGCUAAUCAUUCUGAGACAGUAUAAUUAUUCUCUCUCCCAUAAACCCCAUUGUAAAAGUCAGUGGCCUGGCAAUGUGAUACAGCACCAUAGCCUCAUCAUACAGAUCAAAGUGAAUUAUAAGUUCACAGUUAAUUAUGUAUUCAUCCUAUUAAAUAGAAGAGUGCAUUAUAUAGUGAAUAGAGUGUGGCUGCAGACUACAGAUAGAUUUUCAGAUUAUGUUUCAAAACAAACAUAAUAACUGUAAAGAUGAGAUGAGAGUUAAUAAAACGAAAUGGAUAGGCAUGGCUUACAAAAGAACAAAACCUUACAAGGAAUAUUAACAGAUACAGGACGGAAAACUUCUGUGGUGAUGCAGUGUGUGUAUUCGAUAUAUAAGUAGGUGAUGAAUACACUCGCUUGAUAAAAUGUAAAAUCUUACUAGCAAAUUAGGGGUUCGUUAUUUGUAUGUUUAUAUUGUAAAAAUGACAGCAUUCUAGAAGAACAUGAACAAAAUGAAGGUAUUCAAAUAUGGCUGAAGUAAUUUGAGUUACAUUUUAGACUGUAUUGCUGUCAUUCUUGGAUUAUUAGCUCACCCGUGAUGGAGUCAGCGGGGCGAGGUAUUGUAAUCAGUUUGUUUGUUUGUUUGUUUGUCUGUUAAUUUAGCGUCUAGAUGGUUGCACCGAUUGACUUCAAAUUUUCAGGGUAGGUGGGCAAUGGUCCAUAGAUUACCUGAUUAAAUUUUGGGGGUAAUUGGGUCAAGGUCAAGAGAAAGGUCAAAAUCUUUUUUUUUUUUUUUUGCAAUAACGUUUGGUAGCCUGGACAGUCUCCAUAGUGGUUGGGGGUUAAAGGUCAGGGGGGUCAAGGUCAUCGGUCAAAAUAACAUAUUUUCCAUUAUAACUCAAACUGUUGCCGAGACAGAUGUUUACUAUUAUGAGCAUAUAGGAACUCCCAUAUGGCCUUUCAUUUGGCACCAUGAUCUUUGACCUUGAGUGACCCUGAAAGGUCAAACUUUCAAAAGGUCACAGAUUUUCAGAGGGCUGUAACUUAAAAAUGGUUGAGGGAGACAGAUAUUUACCAUUAUCAACUUAUAGGAAGUGCCAUAUGGGCUUUCAAUUGGCACCAUGAUCUUUGACCUUGAAAGGUCAAACUGAAGGUAAUGGGUUUCAAAGGGCUAUAACUUUAAAAUGGUUCAUGACAGCCAGAUGUUUACCAUUAUCAACAUAAAGAAGUCCCAUAUAAGCUUUCAGUUGCCACCAUGACCUUUGGCCUUGAAUGACUUUGAAAUGUCAAACUCAAGGUCAUGGAUUUUCAUAGGACUAUAACCUGACAGCUGAUGAUUGAGAAAUAUUACCAUUAUCAACAUAUAGGUAUAAAAUAAGUGCUGCCGGGUGAGAUUUGUUUUGCCUGGCAAUACUUACGAUGUUGGAUUAUAUUCUUGCCUCAGAAUGUUUCAAGCAGUCACAUGUUUCUUGAUUUACUGAGGCAACAUAUGGACACAUUAAUGAUUUUAGUUCGAGUCUGUCAUUCUAUUUGUACACACACAUUAUAUUUAUAUGCCUUAUUUAGUUUUUAGUUAUUUAAAAUGUAUAUAUUUAACAGUUAUUCCACAAAAUCGAGUCGUACAUGAGCUGAUGGCCGACGAGGCGCGUAGCACAGAGUCAGCUAUAAGCCAUGUACAAUGAGAUUGAGUGGAAUAACUGUUUUAUUCUAUCCACAUUCACUGGAUUUUGAGAAACAGAGAAUUAUUGUUUUUAUUUUUUGCAAAUUUGAUAAACAAAAACUUUAUACAAAAUGUCCGGCAAAAUCAUUUCCGCUUAGAAUGUAAACUGCCAAAGUGACAGUAGCAAUUUGUGAAAAAUGCGAUAAUAAUAAUAAUUCUUGAAAUAUAAAAAAAGAUACGUUUUUUAUUUUUUGUAUUUUUUUGGGGGGAGGGUUGUUUUCGAGUAGAGUUUUUAUUUCGUCCUCGGUUGGUUCAGCAACACGCUCCGCCAUUUAGUUUUUCUCUACUCACGGUAUAUGAGCUGAUAUCCAGAGUAGCCAAUCAGAGCACGCGAUUACUCAUAUCCAGUGAACGUGGAUAGAAUAAAGUACAGUUAUAUAAUAUGUGGGAAAUGUCAUUAAUGAUUUAAAAGUGAAUAAUCAUUAAGCCAGGGGCGGCACGGUGGUGUAGUGGUUAGCACUGUCCUGGGUUCGAGCCCAGCGGCCAAUGAGGGCCUUUCUGUGUGGAGUUUGCAUGUUCUCCCUGUGUCUGCGUGGGUUUCCUCCGGGUGCUCCGGUUUCCCCCACAGUCCAAAGACAUGCAGGUUAGGUUAACUGGUGACUCUAAAUUGACCGUAGGUGUGAAUGUGAGUGUGAAUGGUUGUCUGUAUCUAUGUGUCAGCCCUGUGAUGACCUGGCGACUUGUCCAGGGUGUACCCCGCCUUUCGCCCGUAGUCAGCUGGGAUAGGCUCCAGCUUGCCUGCGACCCUGUAGGACAGGAUAAGCGGCUACAGAUAAUGGAUGGAUGGAUGGAUGGAUGGAUGGAUGGAUGGAUGGAAUAAUCAUUAAGCCAUUCACCAGUAAACUUAAUG